UUAUUAUAUAACUAACCUUUUCGAUAAAGAGGUGAAUUGUGAUCCGGCCACCCUAUCGAAUUUUCACAGCCAUUUUUCUCCAACGAAAGAUUUAAAUUUAAUUUCGAAGUUUAUAUUUAAUUAUAAUUUAUUAAUAAUAAUGGCAAAAUUAGUUGCUUCCGGGCAAAAAAUGCUUAGCACCUUGAUGGUCGAAUCCAAACCAAAAUUGGCAACAUUCAUGAAAUAUGCGAAAGUGGAAUUAACACCACCAACACCAGCUGAUAUUCCAAAAAUCACCAGUGGAAUUAAAGAUGUUAUUCGUCAAACGAAAAAUUACAAAGAUUUAACUGUGAAAGAAGCUUUUAUUGGUACAUUAGUCUCAAUUGAAGUGUUAUGCUGGUUCUUCGUUGGAGAAUGUAUUGGAAAACGUCAUCUUGUUGGAUAUAACGUUUAAUUUUGUUGUUGUGUAAUAAAAAAUAAUAAUGAACUAUGUAGUACAGUGGAUGUUAAUAA